UCUCCUCAUCCGCAGUGUAGUGUGAGGAUGUUGAACUCAAGAGAUCUCUAGGGUACUAAGGGAUUUUUUUUAAAUAUUGGUGAAGGGUUAGUUUAAGUUUAAACAAUCAUAAUAAUUAGUUUAUAGUGUAAAGAAUCUCUCAACAUGGCUCUUAAGUGCCCCCUUUUAAUUGUGCCAUUUUUAUUUUCCUUCUUAAGUACAUAUGCUUUGGAAAAUGAUGUAUUAGUGUUCACGGUAGCCACCAACGAAACCCACGGUUAUAACCGGUACAUCGACUCGGUAAGAACCUUUGGUAUAGAACCGAAAAUUCUCGGUUUCGGCCAAAAAUGGAAGGGAGGAGACAUGUUAUACCCCGGAGGUGGCUGGAAGAUAAACCUCCUUAAAAACGCCCUCAAACCAUUCGAAGGAAGUGAAGAGAAAAUUGUGGUUUUUACCGAUUCUUACGACGUGAUCUUUUUGGGACAAUUGUCGGAGAUUAUUAGACGAUUUAAGGAUACGGGGGCCAGGGUGCUGUUUGGGGCCGAGCCGUUUUGUUGGCCCAAUGUGGAACUGGCUCCACAGUAUCCCGAAGUUACCAAAGGACAAAGGUUCCUUAACUCAGGCGCCUAUAUAGGCUACCUAAAAGAAAUCAAUAAUAUUCUGAACAGGGCAGAGAUAAAGGAUACCGAAGACGACCAGCUAUUUUUCACUAAAGCCUACUUAGACAAAGACUUCAGAGAGAGUAACAAGAUUCAGCUGGAUCACCUCAGUGAAAUUAUUCAUAACCUGCAUGGGGCGUCAGAUAUUCUGGAAAUUAAGACGGUGGAGCACAAGGAGGGACCGGAAACGUACUAUUUAAAAAACAGGGAAACCGGCACCGAACCGUUAAUCGUUCACGGAAACGGUCGCUCGAAAGUCACAUUGAAUUAUCUGAGCAACUAUUUGCCUAACGGAGUGUGGAAUUCGAUCGAUGGCUGUGUCAGUUGCAAAAAGGGCCAAUUGGAUCUGGAGAAAAUUAAACGGGAUGAGUGGCCCACGGUGCUGUUGGCCCUUUUUGUCGAGAUGAACACCCCGUUUUUGGAAGGGUUCUUCAAGAAGAUUCAUCAGUUGGAGUAUCCUAAAAAUAGGAUACAUCUGUUUGUUCAUAAUGCGAUGAAGUAUCACACGAACCAAGUAAACCGAUUUAUUGAAGCUCAUGGAGCCGAAUAUUUGUCAGUUAAACAGAUCAAGCCGGAGGAUGGAACGACCGAGUGGGCUGCAAGGGAUUUAUCCUUGGACCAGUGCUUAGCGAAAAACUGCGAAAUCUACUUUGCAGUAGACUCAAUCGCCCACCUAGACAACCAGUUCACGCUCAAAUUACUGAUUGAGCAAAAUAGAACCGUGAUUGCUCCCAUGCUGGUCAGACCGGGGAAAGCGUGGAGUAACUUCUGGGGCUCCCUCACCAAAGACGGAUUUUACGCCAGGUCCAAUGACUACAUGGAUAUUGUACACAACGACAAGCGAGGUUUAUGGAACGUCCCCUACAUAAACAGUGCCUACGUAAUCAACUCCACCCUACUUAAAACCUACGACAGAUCACAAUUGUCAUACAACAAACCGACCGUGGACGCAGACAUGGCGAUAUGUCAAACGCUUCGGGAUCUAGACGUGUUCAUGUACGUCUCGAAUCGCGUGGACUUUGGACAUUUAAUCAACGCGGACUCUUACGAUAUCACCAGGACCGAACCGGACAUGUAUCAGAUUUUCGAGAACGAGCAGGACUGGGAGGAGGCUUAUAUACAUCCCGAUUAUCCCGAGGAGCUUAACCCUCAACACAAAAACGAACAGCCUUGUCCGGAUGUCUAUAGGUUCCCAAUAGUGACAAGGAAGUUCGCCCAGUCGUUAAUUAAUAUGAUGGAGAGUUUCGGUAAAUGGUCUUCUGGUAAAAACGAGGACGAGCGUUUAGAAGGGGGUUACGAGGCGGUUCCUACCAGGGACAUUCACAUGAACCAAGUGGGAUGGGAAAGGCACUGGUUGUAUUUCUUGCAGAAGUACGUAAGGCCGUUACAGGAGCACGUUUUUACUGGUUAUUAUCAUGAUCCGCCCAGGAGUUUAAUGAAUUUCGUUGUUAGAUACAGACCAGACGAGCAACCGUCACUAAGACCCCACCACGACAGUUCAACUUAUACCAUCAACAUCGCCUUAAAUGAAGCAGGUAAAGAUUAUUCUGGGGGCGGCUGUCGAUUUAUCAGGUACAACUGUAGCGUUACCGACUCGAAAGUUGGAUGGAUGUUGAUGCACCCCGGUAGACUGACCCAUUAUCACGAGGGUCUACUUGUGACCAAUGGUACUCGGUACAUCAUGAUUUCUUUUGUGGAUCCGUAGAAAACUGCAUUUAUGUUGUUGACAUAAGGCCUAAUCCUAUUAGUUUUAAGGUUACUAAACUGUUAAGUAAAAUUAUUACUUUAUAUUGGGACUGUUAGUAUAAUUUAGAAAACACUUUUUCAAUAUUUGUUUUUUUAGUUCUUCUCUCGUUUAACUUAGGUUUAAGUAAUAAUUGUCUUAAUCUAAGGCCAUUCGCAUCAUUAAAACUGUAACUACUUAUUGACUGCCUAAUACAACCUCAUGAAAAUAGAUAUUAAUAAAAUGUUUAAUAAUUUUGUA